CAUUCGCUAUUUGUUGAUCUGUGCAUCACUUCAUGAGUUCUUUCAUGAGUAAUCUGUGUUCAUUAAGAUUGAAGAGAAUAUAACCCUUCUAUAUCUCUGAUAUAACCAGAAUAUAACUUUAAUCUAUGAGAUGUACCACACUAGGGGAAAAACAUAACACUGUAAAAUCAACUGAAGUGGGUAUUCAUAGAAAUCGAUGCAUUUGUUUUGAAGUUCACAGUUUGCUGAGAUGAUGAAAUUUGGCUGAUAAGAAUCUGCUCGAGAACACAAAGAUAAGAGUCUAUUCUUCAAAAUAUUAAACACUGAAAGAAGAGUGUAUCACUCUUCUAAGUACUAUCUUAUAUUAUUAUAUUCCAAAAAGUAAAAGUUACGAGUUGCGAAUCAUGCCGCCAACAGGCAGUAGCAGUAGAAAAUCUUCAAAUGAUUGGAAAACGGUAGAGUAUUUAUUAUGUAGUAGCUGAUAAAGGAGGCAGAUUAAAGUUUCCUUCUACAAUACCAAAAGUGCGCUCUAAAUUAACGGAAAAAUUGGUUAUUUUCUUCAUGAUACUAUCUUUAUAUUGUACGUUUUAUUUAAAUGACUUUGAUGAAAUAUGCCUUGAAGCGAUCAGUUAUGGUGUCCUCAUCUUUUAUGCAAUGGAAGCUUUGUACAGACUCAUACUUUCCUUUGAGGAACUCCUUAAUCAUUUCAUGCCAAGGUAUCAAAAUAGCAUACGACACUUGUUCAACUCCUUCAUAUUCACAAGAGAGUCAUGCUUUGUUGCUACAAUGUUUGCAAUAGUGGAAUGGUACUUCUACAACAAGCAUGGGUUAAUUGACUUGAAUAAACUCGAUAGACGUUCAUUCUUUAGCAUUGCUCUUUUUGUAUGGUUUCUAGGAAAAGUUACAAGAGUUUUGCCAGAGAUGAAGGAAUGUGAAAAAGAUAAGGAAAUUCGUUCAGAAAAAUCUGAGAAAAUACAGAAAACCAAGUGUGCUCAUUGCAGAAAAACAGUUACGAGAGGUAUUAAGUGCACUGAAUGUGAAGAUAUUUUCCAUUAUAGUUGUCUGAAAAAGUCAGCAAAUCAAAACCAAGCUAUCUGCAAACAUGUAGGGCAAAGUCAAUCCAAAGAUGAAGAGAAUCAUCAGAACAAAAUAUUAAGUGUGGAAAAUUCCUAUCUGAAAGAAUUACUCAAAGCAGUGAAAGAUAAGAAUCAAAUUCUGAUAACAAAUAAUCAACUAUUGCUGGAAAAAAUUGAGUUAUUAGAAACUGAAAAGAAUCGAAAUAUAAAAAGUUUGCAACCGAUUGAAGUGAAAAAAAAACCAAGUAUAAACACCAAAGAUGGCAGACAACAGAUACAAGAGAAUGUUCCCAACCCCGACAAGCUGCAUGCAAAUGAAGUAGAACUACAUACUAAUGAAAAACAAGUUAUAACAGUUUCCGAACAAAGUUCUUCCGUCUUGAAAUCUCAUGAUAUGACAGAUCGCAGAACAAUUUCAACAUCACAACCUAAUCUCUAUGAGAAAAUUGAAAUUAUCUCAAAUACAAACAAAACAAGGAAGGAAACUAAUAAACAAUUAAAUCAACAGGAAUCUUUCGAAUUUGGGGGAGAUGAAGAAAACAAGACAGAUGAAAAUACGCAACUAUCAAAAAACCGAAGAGCUAAUAUCGGAACUGCACGAAUACAAAAAAGUGAUGUAUAUAUCAAGUUCCAAUCAGUCGAUCCGGACAAAGUGAACAAAAAACUGUGGCUUUUCAUUUCUAGAGUGAAAGCCUCUGUGGAAAAAUCUGAUAUUCGAUUAUAUAUUGCGGAGAAAGCGUCAGUGGAUAUCAGUGAAAUAAAUGUGCAGAUUUUGGAUACAAAAUCAGAAAAAAGCUUUAAGGAAUUCAUGGUCGGAGUUCCAAUAGACUUAGAGAAGCAAAUAUAUAAGAAUAAGUUUUGGCCCACAGGAAUAUAUUUCUCUCCUUUCGACUUCGCACGUGGACAACAUUUUUCAGAGGAACAAGCCUCCAUUUAUAACUCUUUACGAUUCGAAGAAGAUGAUGGUUUGAACUACAGUUCGGCAAUGGCUCAUUCAUUUUUCCAUGGAUAUUUGAGAUUGAUUUUACCAAAAACGGGUGGACAGGACAAGAAUUUAAUUGAAAUUAUUGAAGUAUAUUCUGAUAAGCAUAACGUCCAGGUUUUUCCCAAACUCUUCAUAUUGGUACCAAAGUCGGCUGUGUGCCCUGUUAGUUUAGAAGGGACCAAUAUUCAUUUGAGUUCCAGUUUAGAGGAAAAGCAAUUGACGAUAGCUGGAGUUCAGAAGAGAGUGUAUAAAAAUUCCGUGUAUAAAGUUAGGGAUCCACAGAACCCAAAGCAGCCUAACUAUGUUUGUGCAGAAUAUGCUACUCCAUUAAGAACUUUUUUCAAAGCGUUGGAAGCUAGUGGAAAAUACAACGAAAACUUCAAAAAGCACCAAGAUGAUAUCGUUUUGCAUUUUUAUUUGACGACAAGAGAUUUAGUGAUGAAUGAUCCAGACAUUAGUAAUCUAUGUGAAUUGAUUUAUUAUGAUGAUCGUGAUGAAAAAGGCAACUUCAGGGAUGUAGCUCCCAUACUACUCAGAAAAAUAAGAAAAAGGUUGUGACCAAAGAAGAUGUAAUGAACUAUUAUGAAACUUCCACAAUUUGUACAUUUUCGAUUCAAAAAAUUCUCUCUAUACUCA